AUGGCUGGCUUGUCAGUGAAAAGGCCUUUGCCUGGGCUUCCAGAGACGGAUGUUUUCGUGGUGGACUUGGGCUUUCUCAAUGAGACGCAGGCGGUGACACCGCUUGGCACUUUACGCUCGGGGCGAGAACUCCUCAUGUCCAAGGCCACGGACGCAGACGUGACGGUCGCUGGCAUUGCUUUGGCCAUGGCAGAGACAGAUCUGAAACAGUCUCUCAACCGAUGCUGUGCCAAAACACUUGACAAUGAGCAACAGCAAGAUACACCAAGGGUCUCUGUGGAAGGUGGUGCCAAACGCCAAGUGGAACCGGGAGGAGCAAAGGUUUAUCCUCGCACGGAUCCUGUGGCGAUUGGUUUGAUCGUCUCCCCGGACCAUCAGCGUUGCUUGCUGGGACGAAGCCACAAGUAUCCGACUGGGAUGUACACCUGCUUGUCGGGUUUUGUGGACAUUUGCGAGCCGGUGGAAGAAGCCUUCAAACGCGAAGCCUUCGAGGAGGCUGGGGCGAUCCUCCCAGGUAAGACCAGUGCAGGAUUGGAGGCAAUGCAUAGGAAAUGGAUGGAAACGGAUAAUAUCACACACUAUAUAACGAAUAUCAGACCGUACUUCCGAAGAUCAGGAAUCUCGUGCGGUGCAUUUAUAUGCAUUAUAUAUCAUAUUAUAUAA